UGUCACAUUGCUAGACCCGCCACACAUACCUCACAACACUGAUGACUCUGGUCCAGUGGGGUGGUUUGCAUGGCUUUCUGCCCCUCCUGUCUUGUUACCAUGGAAGUUGGCCCUGCUAGGAGGGACCAAGCCAAUAGUAUUCUGUAGUUAGUGGGGAAAUAUCGAGUCGCUCUCAUGAUCAGUUCGCUGAAUAAGGACCCUAGGAGCCCCUGGGGAAGGUCAUUGUCACAUUCUUAUACUAAAAACUACUGUUUACUGAGUACUUCCUAUGUGCUGGGUUCCCUGCUAAAUGCUCACAUGUAUUAUUUUAAUACAACCCGCCACUACUACGUCUUUGUUACAGAACGGGAAAGCAGAGGUACAAAGACUGAACAAUUAGACCCAUGAUCCCAGCGAAUCGUUGCUAAAACAGAGUUGAACCCUAUCACUGUGCUUUGUGCUCUGCUGUCCCUCAGGGUGGAAGUGACAUUUGGUAUAAGAGAUAAGGAGAAUGUCUUCCAUUCUCUAUUAUUUAUUUAUGUGUAUAAAUGUUUUGCCUGCACAUACAUCUGUGCACCAUGUGAAUGCAAUGUCCAUGAAAGCAAGAAGAGAGAGGGCAUCGGAUCCCCUGGAACUGGAGUUACAGACUGUUGUGCGCUAUCAUGCGGUGAUGGGAAUUGAACCCAGUUCCUCUGGAAGAAGAGUCCAUGAUAUUCACCAGCAAACACCCACUCCCACUGUUGCUCUGCCUGUGUGACUUUGGGCAAGUCACUUCAUCUUGUUUUUCAAAUACAAGAAACACCCCAAUUGGAUCAACUAUGCAUGAAAGCAUGUUUUUGGUAAGAGCAGACUUAGUUUUCAUUAACACUGAAGAGACCACUGCCUGCUUCCACAAACAGAAACACCUAGUCAGGGCUGUAUCAUACUUACACCCUGUUCUGCUGCACAGCCAACCCUAGGCUCUCUUCUAACAGGAGCUUGAACAUACCAGCUGCAGGCUGCUGCUACCUGAGCCAGAAUCCCCUAGUCGUGGCCAGUUCUCCCUGCAUGCCCGUAUGUCCAGAUAGCCAUCGCAGGAAGGGUGGCCUGGAGAUUAUCAGAUUCACCCUGCACCUGUAACACUCAGCAUUUUUUACUGGGCCUUUUGUGUUCUUAACUCUGUCUACAUUCAUAUAUUUUUCAGGGGAUACUAGGAAAAAACGGAUGGUCACAGAGCCUCCCUCAGUCUUGGGGUGAAGCAGAUUGCUAGGAGGACAUUGUAUAGAUCUAAAACAGACCAGGGUCCUGACUGCAAGGCAAAGAUGAGAGACUCUGAAAUAGAAAUGCCAGGCAGAGGCACAGAGUGCUGAGAAUUGGGAAGGGUUUCAUGGAGAUGUGGACUCUGAGCCCUUCCUGAAGGGUGAGGAGGAAGGCAUGGUGUGGGUCAGCGGGUCAGCAGGUCAGCGGGUCAGGGGGCUGAAAGGGCAUUCUGAACUACAGACAGAGCCUUGAGCAGGCCCUUGUUUGUGUAUCUCUCCACUUGCUGCUCUCCUGUGCUUUGUUCUGAAUAAAGUAUCUUGUUACUAUUAAAAAACAAAAAACAAAAAACUAAGGGCUAUGUGGGUUGGAGAAAAGAGAUAGGAGAGGAGCCCUGAUGGAGUCAGACUCAUGCUGGUGAGGGUUCAGGAUUACCAGUUGUGACACUUGCUGGCUGCGUGACACUGAAAGUCACAUAAUAACUCUGACCUUCCAUUUCCUUGAACCUGGAGAGUUUGAACUAGAUGCUUUGCAAGUCUUUCCUGCUCCAUUAUUCUGGUAUUUUGUGGUGUUGGAGAAAGAGAAGCAGUCAGAGCCAUAAAGGAAAGUUUGGGCAACUUUCUGCCAUCUAUCAGUUAGGCCUUCGAACUCUCCUGUUGAACACCCAUGGCCUUGUAGGACAGGAGUGUGAAGCAAGGCGACCCUGUGUCUGUGAUAAAGACAGAGCCACUCUGCAAUCGUGUCUGAGUGCACGCAAAAGCAUUACCUCAUUCAAUCAGUAGAAAUCAUUUCCUCGGCCUGGUUUCCAGUCAGUUCCAGCCCCAGCCUCACUCUUGCUUGCCUUCCAUCAAGACAAGAGCUAUCAAGAUUGAUUGACAGCUGCUUCUGACAGCCUGCAAAGGCCAGCUUCUGUAAACCCUCCCACAAAUCCCCUAGCACAAGCCCAGUCCUUUAUCCUAUGCAUCCCGAAUGUCUAGGACUCUAUUUGUAGAAACAACAUAUCUCCAUUUCAAUGAGUUGGACUCCCAGGCAAGCCCUUCUAGAACCUUCUUCAUGUGGUCCUCCUCUGCCAUGAGUAAGAUCCUAAGGUACAGUGCAUGGCUGACUGUGCUGGCCGAAGCUGGCUGUGCCAGGCUGUGCAUCCCUUCAUUUCUCACCUCUCGUCCGAUCCUGUUCCCCACCCAUCCAGGCAGGGCCAUUUGAAGGACACCGAUUGCUCUCCCCAGUUCUCUCCAAAGGGACCCUGCUCUGCACCUCAGGGUAUUACUAAGAAGAAAACGAGGAAGAGAAACACAGGAGUGAGAGGAUUCUCUCCCCUGUCUGUAGUCACGGCUUAUUUCUUAUGUGUUUACUCUCCUUCCCCUGCCACUACCCAGUUUUAGGUCAUGCCUGGGCUGCUUGAUAAGUAGCAUUUCUACUUACCAGUCAAGCCACAGCAAACAAACUAUCCCUUUAGGUCAUUUCACUGGAAGGCAACCGGUAUACUACAGAACUGGCUCUCUGGGCAAUCUCUAAGGGGUAAGCUCUGUGCUGUGCUGGUGAGUCAGAACCACAGCUUGAUUUCCCUCUUCUAGCUGAAGGUUUUCCAGUGAUAGGGUCGGGGAGGUCCCAUCUCAGGCCUCUACUCUGUUCUGUUCCUGUCAAUAGCUCAGCUCCCGGUACCUGGAGUCAGAUGACAGCCAGCAGAAAGAGCUGAUGUCUAUCCCUAACCACAGUCAGACCCUCACAUUCAUUCCUCCUACUGAGAAUCCUGGUAAGCUCCUUUUAAGUGGCACAAGGCGCAGCCAUUGACAGAACUGGGUUGUCUGGGGAAUGGAAAGAGUAAAGAGUUUGUGCCCAGCUGCAUGCAGGUCUCCUCAGACUUUCCUGUAAGGUGCCAAAUUGUAAACAUUUUAGACUUGGUGGACAAAUCAGCCUUUGCUGUAACUAGUCAAACUACCCUUGCGAAACAAAAACAACACCAUAGGCGUCAUGUUCAGAAGCUGGGCAGCAUGCUUGUAUCUCAAUGGAAAGUGCAUUUACACAAACAAGCCACCCGUGAGCCAAACCGAGUCCUGGUCUAAUGAAAUCAACAUAAAGUGACCCAAAACUAGGAAAGGACACACUGACCUUUGUACUGGACUUUUAGACAACCUACAGAGAGAUUAGAAGACUUAGAAUCCAUUUGGAAACUUCUGGAAGAAAAGAGGGAUGGGGAAAGCAAGAUCGAGACGAUCAAAUCUUAUUUUAAAGGGGAGGGGAAUCAAACAGCUGUCGGCAAGGCUUCUAAGUAACAAGGCCACCUUGUGACUCAGGAAGGCUGGUCAUCUGUACUGAAGCUGGGCCAGUUGUGACCAGAAACUGUGCCUCACAGAGGCCAGGUGCAGGCAAGGCAGAGAGACAGAGAGCACUAGGUAAACACAGACCACAGACUGCUAGCAGGUAGCCCUGGAAGGGCCCUAAGAAGGACUCCUGGGAGACCAGAAAAGGCAGGGAGUGAUGGACAGGGCUUUGCAAAAGGGACUUCUAAAAGCCCUACUUAGAGUCUCGGGCCAUCCUAUUUGGGACCAGUGGAUACAUUGUGAAGAAAAAAAAAUGUAGUCAUUUUGCAUAUCUGAGAAAGGAACUUAAUAGUGAGAUUCAAGUUACAAGUAGAUCUCAUGAGACUUCUUCUGGGAAAGGGUGGAGGAACGUGACAACCCCACAGAAAACAUCUCGGGCAGCCUCUACAUGAUGUCACUUCUCAGGACUCGAGGACCAGCCACCCUACACCUCUACUACAGAGAAGGCAGAAAUGGAGACCCAAAGGCCAUCACUCCUGCUCUGUCACUAACCACUCUGUAAUCAUGUCUCCCCACCAGAAGGUGUGAACCGCACCAGGGCCGUGGAGUUCUCGGGCUCCCAAUCCACUGACACCUUUACCUGUCCCCUGAAGAGAAGGCAACGCUAUGGCAUCGUACAGCUGCUGUUUGGCCCUCUUGGCUCUUGCCUGGCACUCCUCUGCCUAUGGGCCUGACCAGCGAGCCCAAAAGAAGGGGGACAUUAUCCUAGGAGGUCUCUUUCCUAUCCAUUUUGGAGUAGCAGCCAAAGAUCAAGAUCUGAAGUCAAGACCAGAGUCUGUGGAGUGCAUUAGGUAUAACUUCCGUGGAUUCCGAUGGUUACAAGCCAUGAUAUUCGCCAUAGAGGAGAUAAACAGCAGCCCCUCCCUUCUUCCCAACAUGACACUGGGAUAUAGGAUAUUUGACACCUGUAACACCGUCUCCAAGGCGCUGGAAGCCACCUUGAGUUUUGUUGCCCAGAACAAAAUCGAUUCUUUGAACCUGGACGAGUUCUGCAACUGCUCUGAGCACAUCCCUUCGACCAUUGCCGUGGUGGGAGCCACCGGCUCCGGUGUCUCCACGGCGGUAGCCAACCUGCUGGGACUUUUCUACAUCCCCCAGGUGAGCUACGCCUCCUCCAGCAGGCUCCUCAGCAAUAAGAACCAGUACAAAUCCUUCCUCCGCACCAUUCCCAAUGACGAACACCAGGCAACCGCGAUGGCCGACAUCAUCGAGUACUUCCGCUGGAACUGGGUGGGCACAAUUGCAGCUGAUGACGACUAUGGCAGACCUGGCAUUGAGAAGUUCCGAGAGGAAGCCGAAGAGAGGGAUAUCUGCAUUGAUUUUAGCGAGCUCAUCUCCCAGUACUCUGACGAGGAAGAGAUCCAGCAGGUGGUCGAAGUGAUCCAAAACUCUACGGCCAAGGUCAUUGUCGUUUUCUCCAGCGGCCCGGACCUAGAACCUCUCAUCAAGGAGAUUGUGCGGCGUAACAUCACAGGCAGGAUCUGGCUGGCUAGCGAGGCCUGGGCCAGUUCCUCGCUGAUUGCUAUGCCUGAGUAUUUCCAUGUAGUCGGGGGCACCAUUGGGUUCGGUCUGAAGGCUGGGCAGAUUCCAGGCUUCCGAGAAUUCCUACAGAAAGUUCAUCCUAGGAAGUCUGUCCACAAUGGUUUUGCCAAAGAGUUUUGGGAAGAAACUUUUAAUUGCCACCUCCAAGAAGGCGCAAAAGGACCUUUACCUGUGGACACCUUCGUGAGAAGUCACGAAGAAGGUGGCAACAGGUUACUCAAUAGCUCUACUGCCUUCCGACCCCUCUGCACAGGGGAUGAGAACAUCAACAGUGUGGAGACCCCUUACAUGGAUUACGAACAUUUACGGAUAUCCUACAAUGUGUACUUAGCCGUCUACUCCAUUGCGCAUGCCCUACAAGAUAUAUACACCUGCUUACCCGGAAGAGGGCUUUUCACCAACGGGUCCUGUGCAGACAUCAAGAAGGUUGAGGCCUGGCAGGUCUUGAAGCACCUACGGCACCUGAACUUCACCAACAACAUGGGGGAGCAGGUGACCUUCGAUGAGUGUGGUGAUCUGGUGGGGAACUAUUCUAUCAUCAACUGGCACCUCUCCCCAGAGGACGGCUCCAUUGUGUUCAAGGAAGUUGGGUACUACAAUGUGUAUGCCAAGAAGGGAGAAAGACUCUUCAUCAAUGAGGAGAAGAUCUUGUGGAGUGGGUUCUCCAGAGAGGUGCCUUUCUCCAAUUGCAGCCGGGACUGUCAGGCAGGGACCAGGAAGGGGAUCAUCGAGGGAGAGCCCACCUGCUGCUUUGAGUGUGUGGAGUGUCCUGAUGGAGAGUACAGUGGAGAGACAGAUGCGAGUGCCUGUGACAAGUGCCCGGAUGACUUCUGGUCCAAUGAGAACCACACUUCUUGCAUUGCCAAGGAGAUUGAGUUUCUGGCGUGGACCGAGCCCUUUGGAAUCGCUCUCACUCUCUUUGCGGUGCUGGGCAUUUUCCUGACCGCCUUUGUGCUGGGUGUCUUCAUCAAGUUCCGAAACACACCUAUCGUCAAGGCCACCAACCGAGAACUGUCCUACCUCCUGCUCUUCUCCCUACUCUGCUGCUUCUCCAGCUCCUUGUUCUUCAUUGGGGAGCCCCAGGACUGGACGUGCCGCCUGCGACAGCCUGCUUUCGGCAUCAGCUUUGUGCUCUGUAUCUCGUGCAUCUUGGUGAAGACCAAUCGCGUCCUCCUGGUAUUUGAAGCCAAGAUACCCACCAGCUUCCACCGGAAGUGGUGGGGGCUCAACCUGCAGUUCCUGCUGGUUUUCCUCUGCACCUUCAUGCAGAUCCUCAUCUGCAUCAUCUGGCUCUACACGGCGCCCCCCUCUAGCUACCGCAACCAUGAGCUGGAAGACGAAAUCAUCUUCAUCACGUGCCAUGAGGGCUCACUCAUGGCACUUGGCUCCCUGAUCGGCUAUACCUGCCUGCUGGCUGCCAUCUGCUUCUUCUUUGCCUUCAAGUCCAGGAAGUUACCAGAGAACUUCAACGAAGCCAAGUUCAUUACCUUCAGCAUGCUCAUCUUCUUCAUCGUCUGGAUCUCCUUCAUUCCAGCCUAUGCCAGCACCUACGGCAAGUUUGUCUCUGCCGUAGAGGUGAUCGCCAUUUUGGCAGCCAGCUUUGGCUUACUAGCCUGCAUCUUCUUCAACAAGGUCUACAUUAUCCUCUUCAAGCCUUCCCGGAACACCAUUGAGGAAGUCCGCUCCAGCACCGCAGCACAUGCUUUCAAAGUAGCAGCCCGCGCCACUCUACGCCGUCCCAACAUCUCCCGGAAGCGGUCCAGCAGCCUUGGAGGCUCCACCGGCUCCAUUCCCUCCUCCUCCAUCAGCAGCAAAAGCAACAGCGAAGACCGGUUCCCGCAGCCAGAGAGGCAGAAGCAACAGCAACCGCUGUCCCUGACCCAGCAAGAACAGCAGCAGCAGCCCCUGACCCUCCACCCACAGCAACAGCAGCAGCCACAGCAGCCGAGAUGCAAACAGAAGGUCAUCUUCGGCAGUGGUACGGUCACCUUCUCUCUGAGUUUUGACGAGCCUCAGAAGAAUGCCAUGGCCCACAGGAACUCCAUGCGUCAGAACUCCCUGGAGGCCCAGAGGAGCAACGACACCUUGGGCAGACACCAGGCCCUGCUUCCCCUACAGUGUGCAGAUGCGGACUCAGAAAUGACCAUUCAGGAAACGGGCCUGCAAGGGCCCAUGGUGGGGGACCACCAGCCAGAAAUGGAAAGCUCAGAUGAAAUGUCCCCAGCGCUGGUCAUGUCCACCUCUCGGAGCUUCGUCAUUAGUGGUGGAGGUAGCUCUGUGACGGAAAACGUAUUACACUCCUAAUGGAGGGAAAGGCUAUCCAGUUGAGAGGUUUUCUUAGAGCCCUGAGCAAAAGGAUGGGUCCUUCCUUUCUUCCCAGGAAGCCAGGGAGAGUAGGUACGUCAAAGCCUGUACUCAGUUGCACUGCUUUGAAUGACAGUGAACUGACUGGUGUGCUCUUUAGAGUUAAAAGAAGAGCCAUGUUUUGGGGUCGUUUUCCAGAGCUCAGUAUCACACCUGGGUUUGCUGAAGUCUUUUCCUCUGCUCUAUCCACCAUCAGUUCAGACGAAAGCAAGGCUCUAAGCUACCCAUCUGCUUCCCUCAAAAAAAAAAAAAAAAAAAAAAAAUGCUUGCAUCCAGAAAUGCCUGCCCCAAGAUACAGAAAACAUAUCUAUGGAUAGCAUGAUCUGAAACACAGUCCAGAUACAGACCGAUGGGACAUCACAUCUGCCACCACGAGAGUUGAGUCUGAAAGCCAGAUAGUCACCGAGACUGCCUAUCACAUUGACAGUGGACAGAACUGUACAUGUUCAAAGCGUCAGGCAGAUGUGUCCUCUCCUAUGUAUAAAGACCUUAAGAGGUGUGGUCUUUUUUUUAUCCUCCCUGCUGCUGCUAUUGUGUGACAUCUAUUCCAUCUGCGUCCUUCCUGUGGCAUCAUGUCUGGAUGUGUCCAGAAUCUAAAGGCAAUGCCACAAUUAGGUCUCAGGAUCAUAGCAUCACCUCUAAGCACUAGGAAAGGACUGACUAAAUUCAAUGAGCUGUAACUAAUAUUGCUGUACAUAGCUUAAUCCUUAAGAAAAUGCUUUUGUUGCAAUGGUCCAUGGGCGGUUAUAAACUGAAAAAUGUCGCAGUCUGGAUUCUAUAAGGCAGUAUUAUUGAGUUCUGUUCCCGUUCCCAUCCUGUGCCUGGUGAGCCGAGCCCAUGCAGUCCCUAUCAAGACCCCAUAGCUACAAUCACGCCCCAUGCCCCAUCCCUGAACUACGGGCUUUAUGAAGCCAAAUCCAGACCUGGCUCUUUGGAGAAUGAGCUCCCAGAAGAAAGGGUGGUUCCCAUUGAAUGCCACGGUUCCCUCGGCAGUGAAAUUAAACGUGCUCACUGCCCACUGCUAGGAACUCAGACUCCGGACAACAGAGACCAAGGUUCAGGCUCUGGCUUGGUCACUGGCAAGAUGGGUGGUUAUAAGGUAGAAACCACAGCCUCUUUAAGCCCCAGCUCCCUAGAGUGUAAAGUAGGGAGUUACAGUUCUUUCCCCAUGGAGCUCUCAGAUGAGUUAAGUAGGCAUGCGUGCACAGUGUCUAACACACAUUACACAUUUAGUGUUAGUAAAUAUGAUUAGUGAUAUAGUGACUACUAGUUUCCACUUGUUUAGACUAUGCCAUACCCUGGGCCAUGAUACCAAAGGGCUUCAUGAUAAGGGAUCUGUCUCUGGGGUGGCCCUCUUUGAAGGUCACGGUACUUCAGGAGGUGGGACUUCGUAGGACAUCAUUCAGUCAUGGGGGGGGUAUGCCUUUGAAGGGAGUUAUAGGAUUCUCGCCCCAUUCUCUUUCUCUUCUAUUUCCUGGCCACAAGAUAAAUGGUUUUCUCUGACACAAGUUGACACAUCAUUGCCGUCUAGCACCCCACCAGAAAUGCAAAUCAAUGGCCCCUCCUGUGCGUAGACCAGAACCUUCAAAAAACAAAGCAUCAGGAUUAACCUUUCCUCUCUCUAAUUAUCUGAAGCAUUUUAUUACAGUGAGAGAAAGCUGACUAAUUCAAAAUAUAAAGCAAAAAUCUUAUUAAGCAUCCAGAUUUUAAUGUCUAACCCACUGAUCACAAGAACUUUCUUCAGACUAAGUCAAGGUGUCCGCAGGGGCCAAAUCCUACCCCUGACAAACCCAGGGUUUUGCCUAUGGGGAAACCACUUCCAGCACUGUCACUGGUUAACAGUUUCUCAGAGCAGAGCCCACUGAGCCGAACCACCCUGAUGCCAAGAGCAAGCCAUAAAAGGUAAAUUCACCAGUGGUCUAAGAUUGACAGUCCAUGGUGAGUCUUCCUCUGACCACUUCCUUCUGAGGAUUUUUAAGGUAACGGUUGGCAUUAUGACCAUGAAGACGAUGAUGAACUGCCACAAGACUGUGCAGUAGAGAACAGGUCCUGUCACAGAACACAAAACUGUCCCCAUGAGCCACCAACACUCCAGCCUGAAAGGGUGCAGCCUGUCAGAGCCUACUGCCUUCUGUCGUUAGCCUCUGAGCAAGGCACCGUGCUGAAUGAGGAUUUAUUUUUAGCAUUUCACUUGGCCCUUAAAUAAACAAAUAAAGUAACAAAAUCGAAGACAGAUAUUUAAUGACUUUUCCAAAAACAUGUCACAAAACUGUGUAGAAAUAACUUCAGUAAAAUGUCACGCAUUCAUCCUUACUAGUCUGACUUCAGUACACUCCACCCCUUCUUCUGCAAAUAAUCUCCUCAUCCCACAACUUAAAAGAAAAAGAAAAAUCAGGAUCAGCAAGGAAAACAUUGCAUUAAGUGUUCAUUUUGCCAGAGGCUUGCACAUCAAGUAAUGUCUUUGAACACCCUCUUCAAAAAGGUAGAUAGGAAUUCUCAUUAUGUCUCUAUAGCAACCUAACAUUUAUCUCAAAUUCCUAUUCCGCCCGCAGCCUAAGCUAUAGUUAAGUCAAAUUAGGGGAUUUCCCUGGAAAUCCAGAGUUUUCUGAUUCACAUUAUAUUUUUAGGUUAUCAGGUCAGUAGCUGUUGGGAGGUUCUCUUAGUGUUACUGAAGCCAUCUUGUCUGGCUUUCGGUAAUUGUAUCUUCAUGCUGGCUUUCUGCAACGUAUCUGUGGCAGUCUACUUUUUGUUACUGUAACGGGAUAACCAAGCAGGCUAACUCUAUAGAGAAAAGAGGUUUAUUUAACUCACAUUUAUGCCGGCUCAAGGCCAAGACCAUAAAUCACCUUUGGUCACCACAAUGGCAGGAAAACAUUGGAAGGGAGGGAAUCACACCUCAAAAUAGGAAGUAAGUGGGUGAUACAGGAGUCAGCUUUACUCUUAGAGCAGCUUAAUCUUGACGUGCUGGGGUCCCCAUGAUAACUACUUAAAUUCCUCUAAAAGCAGAUGUCUCAUUGACCUAAAGUCCUUCCCCAAGGUUCCAACUCUCGGUAUGACCACAGUAGGGUUAAGCUCCUAACACAUGGACCCCCUCGGAAAUCAUAUCUAAACUACGAAAACAUCAUAUCCCCAUCCUAGUCCCCACAGUGGGAUCUGUGGUGGUUUCCAUGGAUGAAUCACUGUCUCAGAUGACUGGCCCUUCCUAGGCCUGGAAGCUCUCUCAGCUCCCUCCAAGCCCAUCCUAGGGACCAGGAAACUCUAUGAGCUCUCUCAGCGGUUACCCCUUACUGCUGCUGCCCAAUCACACUUCCUGUACAUUAGGGUCUGCAGAGCACAUGCGAGUGAGCAAAGGGGUAAAAUACCGGCAAACCUGUGUGGACCUGUGCGGUAAACAGAAGAACAUUCAGUCAAAGAUGCUGACAGUCGUGCCCCCAGAGCCUGUGAUUAUGUAAGAGUAUCGAUGGUCCAGGUUGCUUGUUAAAUUAAGAUUCCUUCCAAUCACCCAUGAGGUAAGAAACCACAGAAACAUCAGUGUCAGGUGGCACAAUGUGAGGAGAUUCCGCAGACCAUCCAUCCCCCACUGCUUGGUGUGUGGAAGGAAAGGAGAGGUAAAGGGACGCAGGUUGUGUCUAGAGACUGGACAAAGUAAGAAUACUGGUUUUCCCUGGGAGUCUCCAGGAAGGUGUGCAGAGCUAGAGUGCCUCGGUUUCAGCCCGGUGAAACCCUUGGAGGACUUCUGACCUCCAGAACUGUAAGAUAAUAAAUUUGUGUUGUUUUAA